AUGCUGCCCUUACGAGGCGCUUUGAAACGCCUGCCGUCGGAACAUCGUUCCUUUUCCCUCCGCCGCCCCUCUCUACCCCUCCAUUACCAGCACGCCUUUUCUCGACGUCACUUUGAGCGAUUCUCUUCGUCCACCGUACCGAACAUCAACAAUUCCUCCAAGCUUUCUGCAGAUUCGCAUCUUUCAACUCCCGCUAAAUUCACGAUGGAUGCCAAUACGAAACAGCACUAUCUCGCCGAUUCACCCCCCACGGUUGUGCGUCUGGAGGCGAAGCAUCACUUUGAUGGGUUGAAGGAUGAGAAGUUGAGGAAAUAUGCCCACUACUUGAGCAGGGCUGCUUUUGAAGGCACGCGUAUCACCCUUCGCCAGGUUUCCCCCGAGUCGGAGCCGAUCUACGACUUCAUUAUCUCUCUCCACAAAUCCUGCAAUGGCGAUUGGAGUGCUUUGGCCAAGAAAACCAACGUCAGCGAUGAGCACGUUCGGUUCUUCUUGGAAUAUGCUACCCAGUUUCUCGGCAACUGUGGGAAUUACAAGGGCUUCGGCGACACCAAGUUUAUCCCUCGACUACCGGUGGAAGCCCUCGAAGCUCUGGCAUCAGGAACACCGGAGACGAAGGCCGCGUUCCAGAAGGCGAACAGCGCGGGCGGCGGGUUUUUCGAGACUUCCCAGCAGGCCCUUAUGCACCUUGGUUACCCGGAAGAUGGCCAUAUGACUACAUACUACCCCGACUCUCCGUCGAUCACCAAGGACGACAUCACGGCUAUCGGCGACCUCAUGGAAAAGAAGGGCCUUCCCCUCGAAAACACUAGGCUGAGGAAGAAUGCCUCCGGGGACUUUGAACUGUUGAUUGCUUCGGGUAUCUCCGCGCCCCCGGCUCGGGAACGGGACCUUGGCGCUGUCGAUACGCUGGAGCUGGAGGGUCAUUUGAAAGGAAAAAAGGUCCGCUUAGUGUUCGGUGACCACCAGGAGGAAAUGGCCAAGGUUGCGCACAACAUCAAGCUGGCCGAGAUCAAUGCGGCGAAUGACAAUCAGAAGCGGAUGCUGGAGGCCUACGCCAAGUCGUUCGGCGCUGGUUCUAUCGAGGCGUUCAAGGAGAGUCAGCGGGUCUGGGUCAAGGAUCAAAAGCCGGUGUUGGAAUCUAACAUUGGAUUUGUCGAGACCUACCGGGAUCCUCACGGAGUCCGUGGAGAGUGGGAGGGCUUUGUCGCUUUGGUGAAUCUGGAGCGGACUCGGGCCUUUGGGAAGCUGGUGGACAAUGCCGAGAGCAUGAUUCCCAAGCUCCCCUGGGGAAAUGAUUUCGAGAAGGACAAGUUUCUCAGCCCUGAUUUUACCUCUCUUGAAGUCCUGAGCUUCCAGUCAUCCGGCAUCCCCGCUGGUAUUAACCUGCCGAACUAUGAUGAUAUCCGCCAGAAUCUCGGCUUCAAGAAUGUCUCCCUUGGAAACGUGCUGAGUGCCAAGGCCCCCAACGAACCCAUUCCCUUCAUCGCUGAGAAAGAUCUGGAAGUGUAUCGUCGGUGCCGCGAUCCCGCUUUUGAGGUGCAGGUGGGUAUCCACGAACUUCUGGGACAUGGAACAGGCAAGCUUCUCCAGGAGACCGCCCCGGGUGAAUAUAACUUCGAUGUGCAAAAUCCCCCCGUGAGCCCCGUCACGGGCAAACCCGUGAUUAGCUGGUACAAGCCGGGUCAAACAUGGAGCUCUGUGUUUGGUUCGAUUGCCUCAUCCUACGAAGAAUGCCGCGCUGAGUGUGUGGCCAUGGCUCUCAGCUGCGACUUUGAGAUCCUCAAAAUCUUCGGAUUCGGGGAUGGGAAGCAGGACCUUUCAAAUGAGGCAGGCGAUGUUCUAUAUACGGGAUACCUGCAGAUGGCUCGCGCAGGCCUGGUCGCAUUGGAGUUCUGGGACCCCAAGACCGGAAAGUGGGGACAAGCUCACAUGCAGGCGCGGUACAGCAUCUUGCGGACGUUCCUCGACGCUGGAGACGACUUUGUCAAGCUUGCUUACACCAAGGAUGAUCUCUCUGACCUCGAGAUCCAUCUCGAUCGGUCCAAGAUCCUCUCGCACGGCCGCCCCGCGGUGGAGAAAUACCUGCAGAAGCUGCAUGUCUAUAAGAGCACCGCGGAUGUCGAGGCCGGGAAGCAGCUCUACGACGAUAUCACCUCGGUCGACGACUGGUGGGGAACCAAGGUCCGGGAGAUCGUUCUCAAGAACAAAAUCCCUCGCAAGGUGUUUGUCCAGGCCAACACUGUCCUUAACGGGGAUGAGGUGACUCUGAAGGAGUAUGAGCCGACGCUUGAGGGCUUGAUCCAGAGCUAUGUUGAACGCGCUACCUGCACAUCGGCUCUUUUUUCAAAUCGAAUUAUCCCGAAUUUCGACGACACCUUGUCGUGGCAAUCAACUCCCCCUGGCUCGCCUACCACGGCGCGGCCGCCUCAUCACCUAGCGGACCCUGUUGCGGAGGAAGACGACGACGACUUCUACGCCGCGCCGCCACCCCACUCGCCAUCAUACUCUGAGGCGUCCUCUUCUCACUACUAUCCGCCCGGUCCUCCACCCUUCUCUUCACUGGACUUUGUCCCCGGACUCGAACCCGAUCGCGCUAAACCUGCGGAAACCGAAUCCUCGUCGGCUCCUAUCCCCCCACCCUUUGUUUCUCCAUCCCCCGAGGAGGAGCCCCUAGAACCGGAUCCGUCGCCGUUGCCCUUGGUCGCAGAAACCAAGUCUGCGUUUACGCCGGAGCAGAAACCGGAUUCGCAAGGGAAGUCUACGGAAGACGGAGAGCCACCACCGCCAUACACCGAAGGAUCUAGUCCCAUUGAAUCGUUUACAUACGUGAUGGCGGCAGCAGGAGGCGCAUCGAGUAUUAUUACUCAGGUGCAGCAGGCCGGCGGGCCCCCUAUCAAUACGCUUGGUGAUAUCGGUGGGGAUGAACAUAUCACGCUGGAUCUCCGGGGUACCCGGUUUACGCUCUCUCGAGAUGAACUGUUGACCUUGCCGGAAUUUGUCCUUCUGUCCCUUUUCCCUAACGGUUUACUCCCGGAUGGACAUAUGGGCACUUUCCAUGAAGGUGAUAUCUAUCCAGUCGAUUACGACCCGGCGUCACUCCAAUACAUGCUGGAUUUCUUCCGCUCGGUCGCCCAGUCUAUCCCCUCCUCGCCAUCUGCGUCAGCAUCGCCCGACAUGGAAAUGUCCGAUUCCAUGCAAGGUUCGGCUAGAGAUAUGCUCCAGGAUCGUGCCGGUAUUAUUGUGUUACGCGAGGACCUCGAUUUCUAUGCGAUUCCGCCGCGUCACGAUAUCGACCAUACGGAGAUGAUGGAGGUAAAGCGCGCGGCUGCCAAAGCAUUGCUGCAACAGGACGGGAUCUUUUCCGGUCUGAGGAAAAGCGAGGAGGCCGGUUCGACCGAACAGCAUCUGAUUGAGAUGCUGACUGCAGGCGGAUUCGAUCGCGAUGACCGGUGGGGCCAUCGGGCGCCCGAGCCUAGCAAGGCCGUCAUCUGUAGUCUGGCACUGGCCAAACUUCGAACCGAUAUCAAAGGCGACUUGUCCAAUAACAAUUCGGUCGGCAUGGCUCAAAAGCUCCUUCUUUUCUGGCGAAAGCCCGCCAGGCGGUGCUGGUGGGAGGGGAUCGAAUUGGACAACGUAGAUGGGGUCGAAGGCCCGGUUAAGAUUUGGAUCCGCAGAGUAUGGACUCUGGAGAUGAGCGUUAUUGGACUCCGAUAG